AUGUUAUCAUAUUUAAUCCAAUUCGUUCUUAUCUAGAGAAUCCUCAAUUAUAUCACUUUUGAUUCUAAUUUGAGUCUUGAUUUUGAUUAGUUUACAGGAUCUGGUUUUUUUUGUAAUAGUGGAUACACUAAAACAGCUACAAUUAACUUUUCAGGAGAAUUUGAAAAUGUUCCUUAGGUUUUUCUUACCUAAGAAUGGAUUGAUUUCACUACAGCUUAAACCCAAAUAGAAUUGCAAAUCAUUUCUAUUAGCAAAACAUGUAUCUUCAUUCAUCUAAAAUUAGAAUUCUCAAUGAAAGUCUAUUGUGGAUAUAAUAGAAUGACAACUUCAAUGAUUAAAUGGUUUGCUAUUGAUGACUAACGAAUAGAAGUCAUAAACAACUUUAAUAUGGUUAAUCCAGAUGAUAAAACAUUUCAAAUUAAAAAUCCAAAUGCUUAAACAGGAUUCGUUGUUCUGACUAGCAUUCAUUAUACAGGUGCUAUUGAUUUCCUAUUGUCUGUAAGAAUCAAUAAUAUCCAAUAUAGAUAAGCUAAAUAACAAUGCAUUCUGUAACUGUGAGCAUUACUAAAGUAGCUGGAAAAUUUACAAACCUUAAAUAAAUUGGCUACUAAGUUAUUGUUGGAGUUGAAGAAGCUUUUAUUAAUUUAGGUUUGAAGACAGUUAUGGGAGCAUUUAGUAGUGAUAUUUUAGCAAUCUAACCUAAUAGAUGGUUUGCUAUUGCAUUGUAAGGCUUCAAUUAUCCAAAUAGUAGGAAUAUCAGAAUAAAAGCUGUCUUUACGAAUACAGUAUCAACAUUAUCAUAUACUUGGGGAACAUGUAUAAUAUUAAAUUAUAAAAGGGUAUGAAACUGAAACUCCUAAUAGUCAUUCUUAAAUUUGGAUUGCAUAUUAAUUUACAAAAUCAUACAAGGCACUUGAAUGUUUUAGUAUAAGAAUAAGUAGAAAAUUUGUAAUGGAUUUAACCUAUUUACCAACAUUUUCUUUAGAAUUUGUUUCAUUAAAUUAAAUUUAUACAACAAUUGGAAAUUUUAAUUAUUUAGUUGAUAAAUCAAUUAGUCCACUUUUGAUGGCUAUUCAAAUUAAAUGCUUAUCAGGUAAGAAAAUACAAGCAAAAUUCAAUAAAUGUAAUUCAUGCAGUAUAUAAAAGUUUCAUACUUUUUAAUACAAUUGCCUUAAUUAAAUGAAUUAUGUUGGCUUUUUCCCUAGGUUUAACUAAGCAUUUAAACAAUACAAUGAAUUAAAAAUAAAUAUCUAUUCUUCAUCACUUGAAAUUACAUAAAUUAUUUAUGAUUAAAAAGUAACAGAAUAAUCUAUCGUGGACAUUUAAAUAUUGAAUUAAUGA